AUGCAGUACCUCAAGCUCAUCCUCUUUGUCCUGCUCGCCGGUGUCCAUUUUGGCGCUACGGCGCCCAGCCAGAGCAGCUUCAUCCUGCUGCCAAGGGCUCCUAACUUUAACUUCCCCGAAACCGAAGGGCCGCAUCACGAGCCCAAGGAGAAUCCCGAGCCACGACAACUCAUCGUUGAGCAGCCCGGUGAACUAACCCAAAAGGAUCUGGGACAGCUGCUCCUCUUGGCCAAUGGGUUGGGUGUCCAGGGCAGGAGCUCUGAGGAGAGAAACUUCCACGACUUUCUACAUGGCAAGAAGGAUAAGGACAAGGACCAUGGCCACGGCCAUGACCGCUUCACGGUCGUCGUUGUAUCAACUGCACCUUCCAACGGAUCCGUAACCAACAUAAACAAUACCCUCUCUUCAGAUACGGGAGCGACAACGGGAACCCGAAUUGCCGACGUUCUCCGGACGCCCAUAGCUUAUCCCGUUCCCUAUCCCAUGCAGUAUUUCCGGAGACGCGGCGACGAGGAUUUUUCCGUGAACUUCCCAGCCUUGUACGGAUGGAAUGAGGCCUCCCUCUACGGAGGUCUGGCAGGGUCGGGACUGGGAGGUUCAAACGGAGGUCUAAGUGGAGGUCUUGCUGGGGUUCCCCUGGUGCCCAUUACCAUUGGCAAUGAGGUGCGCUAUGUGCCCCUCAACCUGCGCAUGUUCCGGCAGCUGGUCAGCCUUCCUGUGAGGGAAAAGGAUGAUCCCCUGGAGGAGGACGAUCUCACGCCGUUUAAUAAAGAACAAGAGCCCGAGGAGGCCGCUCCUGAAGAGGAGGGAGACGCCCCUGAGCCAGGCUAUGCUUCUUUGAGCCAAAAGAGGAAACAACGUCGCCGAAGACCUUUCCAGGCCUUCACCCAGAAAAUGCGCCAAGUGCAGUUCUUGUAA